AUGGCACAAUACGGCUACGGUCAGAGUCCCCAAUACGGCGGCGGAAACCCACAGAACCUCCAAUUCUAUUCCUCGUCCUUCUCAAAUCAGCCUGUUUCCGGACACUCAACACCAUUCCAAGCAGGCUACGGCGCGCCUUCGACUCAGGCAUAUCCAUCACAAUAUGGCGCUGGGUUCAGCGCACCGGGCGUGAGUGGACAGAUGGGCAUGGGCGCGUCAGGACUGCGGACAGGUUGGCUCGCAGCAUUCGGCACAGAGGGAUAUGAAGGAGAACCGCCCUUAUUGGAAGAGCUGGGCGUGAAUUUUAGCCAUAUCAAGAUGAAGACUUUGGCUGUUCUUAAUCCGUUCGGAAGAAUCGACCAGCAUAUCAUGGACGACAGCGACGUCGCUGGCCCAAUACUUUUCUUCCUCAUCUUCGGCACAUCAUUGCUGUUGACAGGAAAGCUCCAUUUCGGCUACAUCUAUGGGCUGGCUUUCGUAGGCACCGUGCUACUACAUCAAGUGCUCUCGCUCAUGUCACCACCUGUAAACCCAGCAGAUGUGGGAGCAGGACACGAUCACAACCAGCCCCACGGUUCACAUCUCGGCUCUUCUUUGACAUACUCAAGAUCAGCAUCUGUCUUGGGAUACUGCUUACUGCCGCUUGUGCUUGUUGCAAUGCUUGGUAUAGUUGUCCAGCUAGACGGUCUCUUCGGCUAUCUCAUCACAAGUCUGGCCAUCACAUGGUGUGCGUACUCGUCCAGUUCGAUGUUCACAGUCGUCGGUCGCAUGACUUCGAUGAGAGGACUCGUCGCAUACCCUAUGGUCUUAUUCUAUGGCAGCUUUGGCAUCAUGGCAAUCUUUAGCUCAAGAGGAACUGGGCAGCUGGCAAAGGCAGCAGCACCCUAG